AUCACAUUGGCGGAAUUGAUCUUCCAUACCAGUUACACAACACAAACCUCUGAACGGCUCCAGUCAGUCGCGCAUGCGCUGUGCGGUCAUCACAUCACAGUAUGAUGAUGAAGACUGCUGAGCAGAAGUAGCUCCAGAGAUGAAGACUCCCCCGGACAGGUCAGGAAUCACCUUUGAGGUCGGAGCUCAGCUAGAAGCCCGAGACAGCAACAAGAACUGGUACCCAGCCACGAUCGAGAAAAUCGACUACGACAAAGAGCGGAUCGAGGUCCACUACCGUCAGUGGAGUCGUCGGCACAAUGAAUGGUUUCAUUGGACCUCGCCGUACCUGCGGCGAGUCAGCCUGAGGAGGCAGGGCCUGAAUCCACCAUGCUCACAGCCGAUGUUUGUUUCAGGUACGAAGGUUCUGGCCUGUUGGACAGACUGUCGUUUCUACCCGGCCAAAAUCCUCCGAGUCAACAAGGAUGACUCCUAUACAGUGCGUUUCUAUGACGGCGUGGUUCUGACUGUGAAGCCCACCAAGGUCAAACCCUUCCCGAAAAAGUCCAGACCUGAGAAGGGUGCGGUGGGAAGCGAGGGAUGGGAGGAAGGGGAGAGCGAGGAGGAGGACGAGGACGAGGAUGGUGGCGAGAGAGAGGACGAGGAGGAGGAAAUGGAGGAGAAGGUGACAUCAGAGGAGAAGGAAGGAGCUGAGGAUGGGGAGGAGGAGGAGAGGAAGAGGAAGGCAGAACCUUCAUCCUCCCAUCCACCAGCAAAGAAGAAAACGGAUGACAGUAGAAGCAGUGGAGUCCAGGAUCAGCCAAUCACAGGUAACUCCACCGAGCCAGCUCCUCCUAAUCCCAUCCAUGUCGACACAGACACCCUGUUGGAGCGUCAGGCCCACCUGCCCACCACACACAAAUACAGCAGAGAGCCACUGUACAGGGUGAUAAAGAACCAGCCCCCUCCCAUUCUCUCCAUUGAGUUAGACCACAACACCUUCAAGUGUCCCGCAGCCGGCUGCACCAAGUCCUUCAGGAAGUCAAGUCUGCUGAACUACCACAUCAAGUACUACCACUCCGACCAGCAGCUGGAUGAGCAUCUGGAGGCACCGAGGAGGAGGCGGUCAUCUUCUAAGGGGAGCGACUUCAUGUCAGACAGCAAGAGUGAGGACCAGAACAGCACCUGUCACCGUGACGACAGAGAGCACAGCGCCAUGGCAACAGAAGUGAAGAAGAAGAAGAAAAAGAAGAAGAAGAAGAAGAAGAAAAGUCAGUCAGGACUUGGCAGCAGUGAUGACGAGAACUCAGACCGACCGCCAAUCACUCUGAAGCUGUCCGCUGGACACCAGGACACACACACUCAAGCCGACGACGGUAGCGACUGGUCGACGCUGACAGCAGAGAGCGGUGAGGACACGCCCUCUUGGCCUGUUGCUAUGGAGACAGAGGACUGCGAGGUGGUGAGGUGUGUGUGCGAGGUGGACGAGGAGAACGACUUCAUGAUCCAGUGUGAGUCGUGUCUGUGUUGGCAGCAUGGCACCUGUAUGGGUUUAUAUGAAGACAACGUCCCACACAACUACACCUGCUACUAUUGCAGACACACUGCAGGUUGGAGGCGGGCUCAGCGUUUCCUAUCAGAACCCGAUUUGCUGAUAUCUGGUCACAUGUUUGGUCUGUCGUGCGUGAAGGAGAACUACUCGGAGGUCAACGCCUCAAAGAUCUCACACACCAGCAGCCUGCUGGCGCACACACAUGGCCUCAAUCAGGUCCUCAGUGGGCUGCAGCUCAAGAUCAGCCUGUUGCACUCGCUGUCCCACCCCGACCUGCAGCUGUGGAGGUUGCCGUGGAGACGAGAGGAGGGGUCGAGAUUGACAUCCAGCCCGAGAGGAGAGCCACCCGUCUGUUACGUCAGCAGUGAGCACUGCUACCAGAAGCCUGAAGCAUCAUGGGAUGCAGAGGAGAGAGAAAAGGAAAGGCUGACGGCUGCAGUGAAGCAGGAGCAGGACACUGAGCAGAAGGAAAUAACACCUGAAGAUGUCGACGAGAAGCCAGCUGAGGCCACUACAGAUACAAACACUGUGACGCACACAGACACACCCAGCAUAAAGAGAGAGAACCACACACACACCGACAGCUGGGAACACACACACUCUCAGACGCAUACAGUGGAGCCUCGUCCGGCGUCUGAGGCUGAGUGUCAGCUGAACCUGCUGGAGCACGUCGAGUCUCUUCACCACCAGAUCAGCACCAGGAUGGACCUGAUAGAGCGAGAGCUGGACGUAUUAGAGUCCUGGUUGGACCACUCGGGCGAGCUCGAGCCUCCGGACCCUUUGUCCCGCCUUCCGCAGCUCAAACAGCGAAUCCGGCGUCUGCUGCGUGACCUGUGCACUGUGAGACACCUGUCGGUCUGGCGCUGACACCUUUCACUCCCAAAACUCUGACCUUUGACCCUGCAGGUCUCUGCUAGACGGACUGAUGGGGCUAGCACACGAUUACACAGACUUGUGGAGAGCGAGUCGUAGAGCGAGUCGACACUCUUUGAGUCUGGAGAGAAAACUGUGGUUUGUUUCCAUGCGGUCGCAGGACAGCGCCCCCUCUGGUGGAGAAAAGCUGCACCGCAACACGACGAGAAUGAAGACAUUUGUUUUAUAAAAGUGACUGAACAGGUGAUUUUCUUUUGUUAAAUUUGACAAAGGUACCAGAACAUUUCCCAAACCGCCUCCGGCAGGACUUCAUAUGUCCGACCACAUGGUUGAGGACAGGUUUGAUUAUUGAUUGAUUGAUUUUGGUUUUUGAUCAGCUGCUGUUGUCAGGACACAGAGACCUUUGUCUGUUUGGAUGGCUCGUUAGCAUGACACUGACACUGAGCGUGUGUUGUCGUUGGCAUCAGACAAAGAAGUUAGCUGAGUGUUAGCAUGCAUCAUUUUCUAGCAGCCGUCCAAGCUGACAAACUCUUCCUGUCUGACGACAUGAAAAACACAUCUAAAGGAUUCGGAUGGAUGUUUGAAGACAUCAAAAUUUAGUUAAAAGAUUUCCACAGUGGUGAUUUUAAGUUUCUCAAGGCAGAGCUUUGGUUGUCGUACUGUAUCCAUUGACAUUCAGAUUUUUUAAGUAACAAGACUCGAUCCAAACCGAGUAUGAAUCCGGUGUGAAUGCGACACAAUAGGCAACCAUACAGAUGGAUAUAUAUAUAUAUAUGUAUAUAUUUACACAUAUAUACAUAUAUAUACAGUAUAUAUAUACAUAUACAUAUAUAUAUAUAUAUAUAUAUAUAUAUAUAUAUAUAUAUAUAUAUAUAUGAUUCAUAAAAGAUGUUUUGGGUUUCAGCGCCUCUCGUUUGAUAUUUGUUUAUCAGGUUUUAGAUGAAUUCUUCUGCUUUUCUAGAUUUAUAUCGGUGCUUUUAAUUUGUUUCUGCAAAAUGUGUCUUUCUGACUUUACAAAGAAAAAUGUCGAAGCUUCUUAAAAACAAGAUGUUAAUGAGCAUUGAAGUUCCUUGUUGACCUUUUGGGGACUGUAUAUGUGUAUAUGGUUCAUUUAGUGUUUCGGCGCUAUCAGCUGCAUCUCACUGGCCUUCUUUAGUAAAUAGAGCUGGCUCGUAAAAAGCCUUUAGUUUAAUCUCAACACAUUUGAAGAUCAUAUUUUCAUCUCUGUAUGUAGAAAUAAUUCACUACUGUACUGCAUUUCUUAGUUAUGCCAGUCAAAUUAAGCAGCAAAACCUUCCUCCGUUGUGACACAAAAACAAGUUUAAAGUGUAAAUAUGUCUAAGUGAAUGUUUUAUACACUUGUAUAAGAAACUAACUGUAUAAAGCUGUAGAUUUAUUUUCAUAGAAAGAUUGGUUACGAAUCAGAUUGGUUAACUCUGAAGUGUUUUAGGAUCCUGACAGUGUUUGGUAGAAGAACGCAGAGCUUCUGUUGCUUUUCUUCAGUUAUUGUGAAACUAAUAUUUGAUGCUGUUUCAGUUCAGUCUGCAGCUCCAGAUGGUGCGUUCAGGUGCGUUCAAGCGGUCCUCGACAACUCGGACAAGUCAAGUCUGACUGGCUCACAUUGUUUGCAACCCACAUCGUUCAUCCGAUAUAUCCACCUGAACGCAAACCCAUGAUUUGGUCAUGCGAUCAUUCUCUGAGUUGACGAGGACCGGCUUGAAGGCAACACGCGUUCACACACAUCAAGUUUUCAAAGUCAAAAAUCAAUGUUUUAUUUUUGUUUAAAGCAUGAAUAAAAAAGUUUUCUGAGGAAUUCUAAUUUUGAUUAAAA